CCGGAAGCGGAGCGAUGCCGAUCGGUCUGGCGGCCCCUCGCGUGCACCACGCCGGAGACAAAGCCAGCGCGUGAGCGGCGCCCUCGGUCCGCGCUCCCGGGUAGGGUGAGCGUCAAAGCAGGAGCACUGAACCAGGCUACCAUCUGACGACCAUCAGCUACUGCUGCCAGUCCGUCCCCUGCCCAGGCUUGUCACCGUGUCAUCUCUCAGCAGGGGCAACAGAAUGAAAGAAGGCAUGUCCAAUAACAGCACCGCCAGCAUUUCCCAGGCCCGGAAGGCUGUGGAGCAGCUGAAGAUGGAGGCCUGUAUGGACAGGGUGAAGGUGUCCCAGGCGGCAGCAGACCUCCUGGCCUACUGUGAAGCCCACGUGCGGGAGGACCCUCUCAUCAUCCCGGUGCCUGCGUCAGAAAACCCUUUCCGAGAGAAGAAGUUCUUCUGUACCAUCCUCUGACUCUCCAUUUGUUGUGGAAAUGUCUCCUUUUCUGUCCAUAAAACCCCUGGUAGAGACUGCGCAUGCUCUUAACUUUAGGGAGCC